AUGCAUCCUUCACUCCUCCUGCCUGUUCUGUGUUUGGGAAUAGCCUCGGCUGCUCCACCAGUUGACGGUGGCUUGGAUGCACAGUGGUCCCAGUGGAAGACAACACACGGGAAACACUAUGGCAAAAAUGAAGAAAGGUGGAGACAAGCAGUGUGGGAGAAGAAUCUGAAAAUGAUUGACAAACACAAUCAGGAACACGACCUAGGGAAUCAUAGCUUCUCAAUGGCAAUGAAUGCCUUUGGUGACAUGACCAAUUAAGAAUUCCAGCAGGUGAUGAAUUGCCUUCAAAAACAGAAGUACAGGAAGGGGAAAGUGUUCCCAGAACCUCCCCUUGCAGAGAUCCCCCCAUCUGUGAACUGGAGAGAAACAGGCUGUGUAACUCCUCUGAAGGAUCAGGGUCUGUGUGGUUCUUGUUGGGCUUUUAGUGCAACUGGUGCCCUUGAAGGACAGAUGUUCCGGAAAACUAGCAAACUUGUUCCAUUGAGUGAGCAGAACCUGGUGGACUGCUCCAGACCUCAAGGCAAUAAAGGCUGCAAUGGUGGCCUAAUGGAUAAUGCUUUCCAGUAUGUCUUUGACAACAGAGGUUUGGACUCAGAGCAAUCCUAUCCCUAUCAUGGAAUGGAUGAACCCUUCAAAUACAGACCUGAGUAUUCUGCUGCCAAUGACACUGGCUUCUAUGACGUCCCUGCACAGGAGAAGGUCCUUAAGGUCACAGUGGCAAAAGUGGGGCCUGUUUCUGUUGGUAUAGACUCCAGGUGGGAAACAUUUCAGUUCUAUAAAGAAGGCAUUUAUUAUGAUCCACGCUGCAGCAGCAAAGACCUGGGUCAUGCUGUUCUCUUGGUUGGCUAUGGCUUUGACGGAGCAGAAUCAGAUGAUUAUAUAUGGAUUGUCAAGAACAGCUGGGGUCCAAGCUGGGGCAUGGAUGGCUACAUAAAGAUGGCCAGGGAUCGGAACAACCACUGUGGAAUCACAUCCAUGGCCAGCUAUCCUAUUAUGUGA